UUUUAAAUUCUCAGGUGAAUGCCAGUCCAUCAAGCUAACUUCCAGUGGUCAACCGGUGCUCAGUAAUGGCGUUGUGCGUGUGCUCUUGUGUGUUAAACCGCUCGUUUGCUCGGUUUUAAAAUAAACCACGUUUUAAAGAAUCGUACCGUGGUCAAGAGUAAUAAUAGAGUUACUCCGGCUGGACCUAAAUAGAACGGCGGAACCACCAAAAGGGGAUUUUUGUGCUAAUGAUGUGAUUGUGGUAUGUGGAUUCUUACAACAAUCGCUGAUCUAAUGGUGAGGAAGCCGGCUCUACCAGAGGAAUGUAGAUAAGGUAGUAUGUCGGAUGGCUCUGGAUGAGCGGAAGCAGUACCGGGAGCGGAGGCGGUGCAGCGGCGCUUCGAGCCGCCGCGAGUGCAGGAGACGUAGCAGGAUGCAGUCGUUACCUGGGAACGGCUCGCUGCGUCCGCUUCUCGAGGGACGAACACGGCAGGUCCGCCCUCCACCUGGCCGCCAGCGCCGGCCACGGCCCCGUCGUCAGGCUCCUACUCAACGUCGCCGCCCCCAAGGAGGUCGACAGUCCGGACGGUGCCGGCUGCACCGCCCUUCAAAGGGCCGCUGCAGACGGACACGAGGAAGUGCUGAGGCUGCUGUUGGCCCGGGGGGCAGAUGUAGAUAAGCAAGACAGUGUGCAUGGCAACAGCGCCCUGCACGAAGCGGCAUGGAAAGGCUACUCCAGAUCCGUCCGACUGCUCGCCGCCGCCGGAGCCAGCCUGUCCCGCGCCAACGGCGGCGGCUUCACCGCCCUCCACCUCUGCUGCCAGAACGGGCACAACCAGUCCUGCCGGGAGCUGCUCCUCGCCGGCUGCGACCCCGACAUCCAGAAUAACUACGGCGAUACGGCCCUGCACACGGCCGCCCGGUACGGCCACGCGGGUGUCACGAGGAUCCUGAUCUCGGCUCAGUGUCGCGUUUCCGAACAGAACAAGAACGGUGAUACCGCCCUCCACAUAGCGGCGGCUAUGGGGAGGCGGAAACUGACAAGGAUAUUGCUAGAGGCGGGCUGUGAUAAAAGUGUGCGUAACAAGCAGAACGAGACUGCCAGGGAUAUCGCGCUGCGGAAGGACCUCAACGAGAUCCUGAACAUUCUCGACGAGUGCGUCACGAAGAAGGAGAAGAAGGGGAAGGGGAAGAAGAGGUCGAAGAGCAAAGUGAGGUUCGACCCGAAGUACAAUGCAGAUCCCAACAGGAUUGAAAAACCCCGGCACUGGUCCCCUUAUGGUUGUCACUACUACCCAGAUCCUGAAGCGUUCCCGUCGCCACGACUGGAUUCGUUACCUCAAGAACCGCUGAAACGAGGAGAACAAUACUAUCUGGAUCUGGCAGGGAAUAUCUGCAAAGGUCCAGUGGGUGUGGGCUAUACCUGCUACUGUGCCCCUCUUUUCCGACAUCUGGAAGCACGCCUGGAAAGAGACAAACGGGAAUUGCAGAGGGCACAAGUGCGACUAGGACAACGCGUUGCCGGCUUAGAGCAAAAGCUGAACAGAGGAGCUCAUGGUAGAAGAUCGGAAAGAGUAAUGAUGAAUCCCCGAGAACAAGAAUCGCAACUACCCAGGUCUCGUAGCUUGGAGAUGUUGGAUAAAAUGGAAAGGGCGCCACUGCAGACCGCAAGGAGCAUGGACGAACUAGACCCCGUGGAAAGCGAAGAUCCCAGCCAGCGUCCCACCGUCAAAGAACUAGUCGCCCGAAUCCAACAACAACAAUCCAGCGCCCAAAACAACACCGGUAACAACAGCGAGAGCAGCGACGACGAAGACAGUCCCAUGCGAAUGACCCAGUACAAAGGCCCCAUGGCCGACUCCAACAUGGCCAGCCCCAUCACCAUGCCCAACUACGAGAACGUGCCCAACGACGCGCCGCCUCGUAGCCGCAGCGGCGUCUACAGUCCCACCAUCAACACGGCUCUAGUGGACUCCAACACCCGCUACAUCGAACCCAUCGUGAAGAUCCAGGAGUCCAACAUCCGGUACAACGACACCUAUGCGAGAUCGGUGCCUUCCACGAGUAGGGGAGUGGACCAAGACGUCAGAUACGUGGACCAAAACUAUAGGUUACCUUACUACGAUAACGAGAUGAACCCGGCGAAGUACUACGACCAUAACCCGAAGUACGUGGACUUGAAUUCGCGGUUCGCGAAGCUGCGGAUGCUGGAUGGGGGGAAGGGGGCGCUGGAAGGGAGCUCGCGGAUGCUGGAUUCGAGCAAGAUGUUCGAGAGUACGACGAGGAUGUUGGAGAACCCGCAGGAUACGGCGGAUAGGGACACUAAUAAUGAUUCUGGGUAUUCGACUAAGGUUUAUGGGAGUUCGAAGGGGAAUUCGCCGAGUUUGUCUGGACAGAUUGAUAAUGAGUGUUUGGGUGCGUCGAGUCUUGUGUGAGUGAGGUUAGGUUAGGUCGAAGGAAGUAACACCAAAUUUGUUCGUAAUUCCAUUUUUGUUUUAAUGGUGCUCUUAGCGAUGUAGACAAUGACAUGUACAAAUGAGUAAGUUUUGUAAGUAGGUGUCGCUGAGGGUGUGUCGUCUAAAUUUUCUACCGAAGUUGCUUUAAUUAUGGUGCCGUAUUUUCUUAUUUAAUGAUAUUUUGAGAAUACCUGAUGUAUUAAAAUGUAUUAUAGGAAGUUAUUUUGUUAACUUUGAGUUAAGAUUAUUGCAUAAAUAGUUUUCAUUAUAGACAUCACUAUUACAUUCUUCAUAUUAAAUUUUAUAAUUAGUUAUAGAUUGUUGAGAAUAUGUAUAUGUAGUAAAUGAUGAAUAAAAGCGAUAUAUUUUAUUAA